GGCUGAACAGUAGAUAAUGAUACACAAAACGAGAUAUGGCUGCUGCAAUAUCAGGCGGUCAGGAGGCUGUCAGACAGAAAGGUAGUACGAAAUGUCCGAACCACCUACUGAAAGAUGUUGUUUAUGUUUGUAAGGAUUGUCAAAUUCUUAUGUGUACAACUUGCAGUAUAAAAUCUGUUCACAGGACUCACAACCUGGAGGAACUUAGCGUUUUUGCUCAGGAGAAAAAAACGGCCAUGUUGGAUUUCGUCAACCUUUCAGAAAAGAACACAAUUCCUCAUCUUAAAGAUGAUCUCAUAGCAAAAGAACACCUAAUGUCAGAAACUUCUUCAGAAUUCAAGAAAGUUUCUUCCAAUAUGAAGCUCCAAGGCGAAAAAUGUAAACAAGAAAUAGAUGAACUGAUAGCAGGUUUCACUUCUACUUGUGAUGAAAUGGAGAGAAGUAAUUUGGAGUUAUUACGACAUCAGAAGAAAGACAAACAACACAGAUAUGACGUUGUAUUAGCAGCAGUAGAAGAAUGUAAAAAGGCUCUACAAACAAGCACAGAUGUUGAGAUAUUUUACACUGACUUUGAUACACUUGGGAGUUACACAGAUACCAACCCACCUGUAUUACAAACCUGCCAAUACACACCUUGUACAACAAUCACUGAUCAUCUCAAACAGGCAAUCGGUAAAUUUACCACUGGUUCUGACGUCCAUUCACAAACACAAGCGGCUGCUACAUCCACCAUCGGUACAUUAGACCAAUGCCAAGAGAGCUCUGCAGGUCACACUGACAUCGAGAAAGCAGGCACUCGCGCUGAAAAUUCACCAGACCAUCCUCCUUCGUAUGAACUGCUCGAUAACUCAAUUAUUAUAUCACAGUUUCCAGUGUCAGCAGUAGCUCUGUCAAUGUGUACAACUCCAGAAGGUAACCUCUGGAUUCUUGAUGCUAGCGGGAAAACAGUGCUUCAGAUGAAUGAUAAAGGUGAAACAAAACAGAAGAUUGAACUACACAGUGAUAUUAUUGAUAUAUGUGUGUCCCCUGAAACGGGUCGUCUCUGGUUCGGUUGUAAGGAUAGAACUAUUUAUGAAUUACAAGAACCAGCAACACCUGUACCAAAGUUCGAUACAAAGGACAAGCCUUCUUGUCUAUCCAUAACCAGUGAUGGUGUAAUUGUGGGUACAACAAACAGUUUAACUAUACACACAGCCUCAGGAUCUGUUCUACACACAAUCACCAAUGAGGAACAACCAGAUUUUGUACCACCAUUGAGAAUUUCCAACUGUUUAGUGACGAGAAACAUAGCUGUAAUACACAUAAGCUGUACCAGUUUCCCAUAUAACUCAACAAUGCACAUCGCCGUGUAUGACAGUACACUCAAUCACCUAGUUACCUACAGAGGGGAUGGUAUCCGCGGACAGGAGCUUGCUACACCAGAAACAUUCGGUCCAUUCUCAGUUGACUACGAUUCCUUUGGGAACCUGAUUAUAGCGGAUGUGAAGAGGAAGACAAUAGAAUUAUUAAGUGGGACUGGCCAGUACCUGAGAACAUUGCACUCAGGUGCAGAAGAUAAAGGUGCGAUAUGCAUAGGGUCUGAGAAUACACUGUGGUCACAGAUGCGAGAUGAUGAGGGACAUUGUACAAUUAAAAUCCUCAAAUAUUGUAAGUGCGAUAGCAACACGUUCUUCAGUUGUAAAUAGUUCAUUAUAUAACGUGUCUCUAUUAUAACAUUCACAUCUAUCACUGUUCGCUCUCGUUUUUGUCAGCCCGUCAGAACAGAAGACACAGUAAACAAUCCGUCAAGGGAAAGACCUAAAUGACCAAUGUAAGUUAACUAUCUCAUAACGUAUCCUCUAAUAAUAUAAUGUUACAAGUUAAGUUAAAAUGACAUGUCACCUUGUGAUAAUCGGUUGCUGCAAAAAUGAAAAUUCUCGUGGUGUGGAAAUCGUCACACAUUUCUAGCGUUGAGUAAAUUAGCACAACAAAUAUACAUCAUCAACAAGGUGGCGCACACAGAGCCUUCCUUUUUGCUGUGACAUAUUCCAGGCGUGGAUUGACCAUUAAUUUACAUUAAUUUAUCGUUGUCGGAACACUGUAAUUGUUGGCAAUAACAGCCUACUCGAUUGCUAUCGUGCAAUACUUGAUUACACUGCAGUAGAUUCCUGCCUACUCUGUAAUGGUUUAUGUUUGUUUAAGUAGUCAAUGUGGUAAUUUUGUAGAAUACAACCCACACCUUACAUGUGCAAUAUUGUUUUCCGUGUGAUUAUUGUGUAGUUGUAAAAAUUGUGAAAGUGAGAGAGAUUGUUUUUAUAUAUAUGAAGCAAUGUUUUGUAUAUUAUGUUGUAUACAGUGUAAAUUGUUUAUUUUGUUCUGAUCAGAAGCUGCAAUUCGCUCAUCCAUUACUUUAUAAUUUGUUCAUACAAGUUUCUUAAAGUAUGAGUUGCUUUUUAGAAUUAUUUUACUAAGCUAGUAAAAUAUUGUGGUUAUGGUUUUUAAAAAAACCCAUAAAAAAUCUGAAAUGUUCGUAUGCAAUGCAUACCAGUGUGUGUCUGCAUAUUGCGCAUUUUCAUGUUAACUUCAAGUUAACCUCUUGUCUAAAUCUUUGACGGUUGACGAUAGUAUUUCUGAAUUUGCAGUAAGAUUUUCAUCACUCAUUUACUCUUGAAAAAAUCAUUAUUGAAUACGUGCAAUAAAAUGCGCAAUGCUUUACAUACUCAAACGUUCAGUUGUUUUCAAACAUUCAGUAUAUGUUAUAGAUAACAAGAG